AGCCUGCCGGGGGCCCGAACCGGCGCCAGGAUGACCUGGGUUUGCUUGUCCUGCAUGCUCUGGCCCGAGGACCUGGAGGCCCCCUCCUCCCACACAUUCAAGGUGAAGAGCUUCAAGAAGGUGAAGCCAUGUGGGAUCUGCGGGCAGGCGAUCACGCGGGAGGGCAGCACCUGCCGAGGGUGCAAGCUGUCCUGUCACAGGAAAUGCGAAGCCAAGGCAGCUACCCCGUGUGCGCCUCCUGUCAACUCUGAGCUGCCGUCCAACGGGGAGAGCACCGCCAAGCAUGUAGACGCCACAGAAUCCACAAAAUCCUCCAAAAGUGCCCAGCCCCGACGCAGACCUUCCAGGAGCGUGAGCGUGGCCCAGACCAUGGAGGACAGCUGCGAGCUGGACCUGGUGUACAUCACCGAGCGGAUCAUCGCCGUCUCGUACCCCAGCUCGGCCGAGGAGCAGAACUUCCGCAGCAACCUCAAGGAAGUGGCCCAGAUGCUCAAGUCCAAGCAUGGAGAUAACUACCUGCUUUUCAAUCUGUCCGAGCGCAGACACGACAUCAGCAAGCUGCACUCCAAGGUGCUGGAUUUCGGGUGGCCCGACCUGCACACGCCUGCCCUGGAGAAGAUCUGCAGCAUCUGCAAGGCCAUGGACACGUGGCUGAGCGCCGAGCCCCACAACGUGGUUGUGCUCCACAACAAGGGAAACCGAGGCCGGAUGGGAGUCGUGGUGGCCGCCUACAUGCACUACAGCAACAUUUCAGCCAGCGCGGACCAAGCCCUCGACAGGUUUGCCAUGAAGAGGUUCUACGAGGACAAGGUGCUGCCAGUCGGGCAGCCGUCACAGAAGAGGUAUGUCCAUUACUUCAGCGGCCUGCUGUCCGGCACGAUCAAAAUGAACAACAAGCCCUUGUUCCUGCACCAUGUCAUCAUGCACGGGAUCCCCAACUUCGAGUCCAAAGGCGGUUGCCGGCCCUUCCUGAAGAUCUACCAGGCCAUGCAGCCGGUGUACACGUCCGGGAUCUACAACGUGCAAGGAGACAGCCAGACCAGCAUCUGCAUCACCAUCGAGCCCGGACUGCUCCUGAAGGGAGAUAUCCUGCUGAAAUGCUACCACAAGAAGUUCCGCAGCCCGACCCGAGACGUCAUUUUCCGGGUGCAGUUCCACACCUGCGCCAUCCAUGACCUCGGCAUUGUCUUUGGGAAGGAGGACCUGGACGAAGCCUUUAAAGACGACCGGUUUCCGGAGUACGGGAAGGUGGAGUUUGUGUUCUCGUAUGGCCCCGAGAAGAUCCAAGGGAUGGAACAUCUGGAGAACGGCCCCAGCGUCUCCGUGGAUUACAACACCUCGGACCCCCUCAUCCGAUGGGACUCCUACGACAAUUUCAACGUCCGCCGAGAGGACAGCAUGGAGGGUACCUGGGCUGGUCCCCAUCAGGCCCACAAACCUCCGGACACAGAGCUCGGGCACACCCAGGGGCCGCUGGACGGGAGCCUCUAUGCCAAGGUGAAGAAGAAAGACUCCCUCCACGGCAGCACCGGCGCCGUCAACGCCAGCCGCGCCCCCCUCUCCGCGGCGCCCAACCACCUCGAGCACACGCUCUCCGUCAGCAGCGACUCGGGCAACUCCACCGCUACCGACAAGACUGACGAGCAGGCGGCGCCCAGCGGCGGCCCCCCGGCGCUGACCCCCGAGGAGAAGCGAGAGCUCGAGCGCCUCUUGAGCGGCUUCGGCUUGGAGAGCGAAGCCCCCAUGCACAACCGCCACCCCGGGGCGGCGCCGGCCGGCGGCUCCGCCCUCACGGGGCGCCAUGUGGUGCCGGCCCAGGUGCACGUCAACGGGAGCGCCGCCGCCCUGGUGGCCGAGCGGGAGACGGACAUCCUGGACGACGACCUGCCCAACCAGGACGGGCACAGCGUCGGCAGCCUGGGCACCCUCUCCUCCUGCGACGGCACCACCAACGCCAGCAAGGUCGGCUACCAGGAGGUGCCCCGGAUGGAGAGCCUCUCCUCCCUGCCCAACGGCCCGUCCAGCUUCGACGGCGCGGACAAGCUGCACAAGGAGGGGCUGUAUGACUCAGAGCCGCUGAUCAAUGGGGGGUACCCCUACAACAACCAGAAUACGCUGCGGAGCAUGAUGGGGCGACACCCCCAGCCCCCGCUGAGCCAGAUCCGGCCCUCGGUGUCUGCUCAGGAGAAUCUGUCCGACUACCGGCAGCAGCAACCCGGCUUCCCUGAGCCCGGCUGGCUGCUGCCCCGGCCGCCGGCCGCCACGCAGCCCUACCUGUACGGCUUUGACUCCAACGACAUGUACCGCUCUCAGUCCUACCCAGCCGCCGAGCCGGGCCUCCAGCUCCCCCAGGCGCCGGCUCGGAGCACCAGCAGCCGGGAGGCCGUGCAGAGGGGCCUCAACGCCUGGCAGCAGCAGGGCGGCAGCAGCGGCGGGAGCAGGCCACCCUCCCGCCAGCAAGACGGCGGCCUGGAAAGCCAAAGCCCUAGCGUCUCCAGUUCGAGCCCCCAGCCCAGCCCCUUGCAGGUGGCCCCCCCUCCGAGCCACAGCAUCCCUGAGUUCCCCCAGGUGGCCUCCCCGAAGGAGAUCGAGCAGUCGAUAGAAGCGCUGAACAUGCUCAUGCUGGACCUGGACCCGUCCGUCUCGACGAUGCACAAGUCCCAGAGCGUCCCCGUGGCCUCCACAGAGGACCAGCCCGGCCCGGUGGUCUCCUCUCUGUCUGCCCAGCCAGUGUUGGGCCUUCCUAGCCAAGCAGCCCCUCAGGUGACCCAGCCAAGACCCAGCAACGCCUUCGGAGCCAUGCCAGCGAGCGUGUCCCACAACACCAUGGGCACUGCUGUCACCCAGCCCCCACCGGCUUCUGAACUGCUGGCCAAAGCCUAUCUGCCAGGUCCGCCGGGCCGGGGCGCUGGCGAGCCAGAGUACAUGGGGCAGGAUUUUGGGGUGUCCUACUCACCCUACGGCUAUCAGAACCAGCAGCCACCUGUGCCGCAGACAAGGAGCUACAGCCGCCCCCCGGGAAGCCCCCCAGCCUCUCCCAUCCCUCUGGCAACAGCUUACAGCCCCGUGAGGCCUCAGCAGCCCCUGAUCAUGUCGCCCCCGUCCCCCACAGCGACAGCCCAAGCCCAGAUGCCCCCGAAGGGAGCGGAGCAUCACCAUGAGCCUGCCAGACCCUCGGAAGAAGAGCCCUUGAACCUGGAAGGGCUGGUGGCCCACAGAGUAGCAGGGGUGGAGUCACGGGACAAGUCCCCGGAGGAGCCCGGACCGCUGAGCCGAAGACGCACGACCAGCGACGGCCAGUACGAGAACAGUCCCCAGGAGCCCAGCACGCCCCGGAGCCCCACUGCCCGAUCGCCGGUCCACAGCUUCUCGCCAGAGGUGGUCAGCAGCAUCGCCGCCAACCCGGGAGGGAGGCCCAAAGAGCCUCAUCUCCACAGCUACAAGGAAGCCUUUGAAGAGCUGGAGGGGACCUCUCCACCCAGCCCACCCUCCAGCGGUGUGCGCUCCCCACCCGGCCUGGCCAAGACCCCGCUGUCUGCAUUGGGACUGAAGCCCCAUAACCCAUCCGAGAUUCUGCUGCAGCCGACGGGAGAGCUAGAUGGGGAGGCAGUAGUUGAAUCUGAUGAAGGGUCCAGGAGCUAUGUGGAGUCGGUGGCCCGCAAGGCAGCGACGGGGGGCGGGGGGGCGCCCCAGAGCCCCCCAACUCCGCAGGCUUACAGUACUGAGACGCCGAUGAGGAACGGGGCCUUCAUGAACUCCUUCGCCCCCCCCAGCCCCAUCUCCACCAGCAGCCCCAUUCACAGCAUGGACGGGGUGUCGAUCCGCAGCUACCCGUCCGAGAGCAGCGGCCACAGCACCGCCACGCCCCCGCGGCCCUCGGCCGAGUCCAGCUUCCAGGCGCCGUCGGCACACAGCAGCUACCAAAACGCGUCGCCGGCGUCCUUCAGCCAGGGGGGCUACGCCAGCCCCGAGUACCCCGAUGGCCGAGCCGGCGCGAGGCCGCAGCCCCAGGUCAGCGUGGUGGGUGUUCACGUCCUGCCGGGGAGCCCCCACACCCUUCAAAGGACGGUGGCCACCAACACGCCGCCAAGCCCCGGCUUCGGGCGAAGAGCACUCAAUUCCGGCGCGGCAGCCGCUCCCGGGAGCCCCGGCCUGGGCAGGCACAUCAUGUACGGCUAUUCCACCCCGGAGGAGCAGCGUCCCACGCUGUCCCGGCAGAGCAGCGCCUCGGGGUACCAGCCCCCCUCCACCCCGUCGUUCCCCGUCUCCCCGGCCUACUAUCCCGGCCUGAGCAGCCCGCAGUCCUCCUCCCCGGACUCUGCCACCUACCGGCAGGGCAGCCCCACGCCGCAGCCGGUGCUGCCCGAGAAGAGGAGGAUGUCGGCCGGGGAGCGGUCCAACAGCCUGCCUAACUACGCCACGGUGAAUGGCAAGAUGUCCUCGCCCGUCUCCAGCGGCAUGUCCAGCCCCAGCAGCGGGAGCAGCGUGGCGUACCCACACACCCUGCCUGACUUCUCCAAACUCUCGCUGCCAGACAGCAGCCCCGAGACCCGGGCCAACGUGAAGUUUGUCCAGGACACCUCCAAGUAUUGGUACAAGCCGGAGAUUUCCAGGGAGCAGGCCAUCACACUACUGAAGGACAGGGAGCCCGGAGCCUUCAUCAUUCGAGACAGCCACUCCUUCCGGGGAGCCUACGGGCUGGCCAUGAAAGUAGCCUCUCCGCCUCCCACCAUCCUGCAGCAGAACAAGAAAGGAGAUAUAACCAAUGAGCUGGUGAGGCACUUCCUGAUCGAGACCAGCCCGCGGGGGGUGAAGCUAAAAGGAUGCCCCAACGAGCCCAACUUCGGAUGCCUGUCUGCUCUGGUGUACCAGCACUCCAUCAUCCCACUGGCCUUGCCCUGCAAGCUGGUCAUUCCCGACCGAGAUCCCACGGACAAAACGAAAGAGGCGGCCUCAGCCGCCAACUCGGCGACAGACCUGCUCAAGCAGGGAGCUGCCUGUAACGUGCUCUUCAUCAACUCGGUGGAGAUGGAGUCACUGACGGGCCCACAGGCCAUCGCCAAAGCCAUCAGCGAGACGCUGGCCCUGGCGCCCACGCCCACCGCCACCAUCGUGCACUUCAAAGUCUCUGCGCAGGGAAUCACCUUGACGGACAACCAGAGAAAAUUGUUCUUCAGACGACAUUAUCCCCUCAGCACCGUCACCUACUGCGACCUGGACCCCCAGGAACGAAAAUGGACUAAAUCAGACGGCGGAGGUCCCGCAAAGCUCUUCGGCUUUGUGGCCAGGAAGCAGGGAAGCACAACGGACAACAUUUGUCACCUCUUCGCCGAGCAGGAUCCUGACCAGCCGGCCGCCGCCAUCGUCAAUUUCGUGUCAAGGGUCAUGCUUGGCUCCGGCCAGAAGAGAUGAACCGCUGGACACGGGUAGUUCUUGCCCUUGAAUUUUGGAGAAGGACUUGGAGUUGAUCCGAGAAGGAGCGCGAGGAAGUGCAUUGUGGGAGAGGGAAGUGAAUCGGGGGGAAACGGUCUGAAUUGUGGAAGAAAAAAACCCUCACCCAAUCGUAACGUAACAAAACAAAACUAAAGGAAGCGAUGUCAGCACAUUUCCCGUCGCAGGGAAUGCGACCAGCGCCACGGCCAGGAGUCGGAGGAGUGGAACCGGGUUGGCUUUUGGAUCAGCGUCCCCACGGGGGGGUUCAAGUGGUGAAUUCAUCCCGGGUCAUAGUGGGAACGUUCGCGGCUCUGCCGUUUGAAAACCAACAACUCUGUUUGCAAAUGUCAGUCGUUUGUUUUAAACAUCCGUGGCUAACCGAUCGAACAAAAGGCAGGUCUCCAGGACCCCCCCGCUCCCCUCCUCAGGGACUUACCCAUUGGGACAGCUUACCAAGGGCAGUGGUGGGCUUUCUCCAUCACUGGCAAUUUUUAAAUCAAGAUGAGAUGUUUUGCUAAGAGAUCUGCUCUAGUUCGAAGAGGAAUGAAUUCAAGCAGAUCUCUGGCCCGUGUUACACAGGAGGUCAGACUGGAGCUCAGUGGUCCAUUCUGGCCUUAUGACCUAUGUGCUAGAGCAG